AUGGCAGAAGGUUGGCCACCUAGCGGCCCACCCACUCCUGUUGCCGGUUUGCUUCGCACGAGCAGAUUCGUGCAUCCGUGGGUUUGCGAUCGCUUUCCAAGGUUUUCCAAGAUUGUGAUUUGCUACCUGCGACAGCGAUCCCCUCUCUCUCUCUCUGUGUCUGUCUGUCUGGCUGGCUGUCUGUCUGCCUGCCUGUCUGGCUGUCUGGCUCUCCCCCUUUCCUCUCUCGCACGGCUCGAGUUGUUUUACUCCUUGUGUUCUAAGAUUCCUUGUGCUGGACUUCAAAGCCUUACCCCCCUUAGUGCUGCUUCUGCAUCAAGAGCCCGAGGACAGUCGUCUCAAGAUCAGGUUCAAGAGUUGCAUCCUGCCGCGGCAGGCCUGUUGAAGCUCGGCUCCGCUCACCUGAGUACGGAGUCGAGCUCCGGCAUCUACAUCUCAGCGCACAAACUUUCUCUUGACGACGUAAUGAAUUGUACGAGCACCUCCACUUGCACGUUCUAUGCGAACGCCGCCAGAAGUGCCGCGUUCCUUUGCCCUUUGGGCACAGGGUCGGUGGAUUUCGAAGAGUUGCGUGAUUUCGGCUGCCUGGCAUGCAGGCCAGGGGACACGCAGGUUCUGAACAUGACGAAAAGGCCUGCCGUGUUCAGAUCGAAUGGGGACAUUCAUCAGGGUGGAAGGAGGCUGUUGUGA